CAAAAGCUUGGAGUCACGCUACGUUGUAGCCAACCUUAGCCAUGCAACAGUGUGUGACGCCGCCACGUGGUGCAUGAGAUGACAGGGAGAGGAGGGUAUGACCGCGCAGGCAAAGCACCUGCAGCGCCCCAGGAGGAGAUCCUGACUGAGUUGCGCUUGCGGCCAGAGCUCGUCAGCAAGUGGAAGUACCCCCGGCGCACCGCCGUGAAGAAGACAGCUGCCGCUGACGCACAUCCACCUCCCUUGGAGGGGGGAUUGAAGGUGGUCCGCCACGGCGGUGUGGAGUUCCUCAACAACUUCGACAGCGCCAACGGCGAAGUCUUCCCCCAUGACGGCCCCCCCGAUGUGGUAAAGCGAUUCCACAUCUUGCUCAAAGCAGAUCCGUCAGAUGGCACGGAGUCCACGGGCCGGCGCCGGUGGUUCCACUUUGGCGUCCGCUGCGUGGGCAAGGAGCCGGUGCGCGCGCGCUUUGUGGUGAACAACUUGAGCAACAUGUUGGACCUCUACAACCUGGACGGUCACCGGCCCUUCUUCCUGCAGGUCCCCAGCGCUGCAGGGUGGCGCCGCCUGACGGAGGCCAACUUCGCCUGCCACGAGGAGGUCUUGGAGGACAAACAGGACGAGGUGAAGAAAGCCUCUCGUGUCAAGGACGAGAUCCUGCUGCCAAGGGUGCGGCAAUUAUUGGAAGGUGAGAAGAAGAGGAAGAGUUGCUACAUCGCUUGGGAUUUCCAGCUUGACCACGGGGUGACCACCUACUUCGCCUUUUCACCACCGUUCAACUACUGCAGCAUGCAGAGCUACCUGCGCCGCUUGGAGGACUUCUUCCGCGGUUCGCCCAGGGGCCAGCCGCUGCCGGCGUACAUGGCGGCCAUCGAGGCCCACGGUGGAGGCAGCGGCACGCGCCACGGGAGCCGCGGCGGCAAGCCGCAGGCGCCGUUUGUGAAGGUCACGGUGGAGCAUGGCGGGGAAGCCAAGAAGAUGUACGUCUGGGUGAGAAAGGACGCGACGAUGCUCCAGGUGCGACAAGCAGUGGCAGAAGCAUUGAAGGUCAAGCGGACGUCUCAGGUGAAGUUGGUGAAGCGCCUGGGCUCCGACCGCCUCAUGACCUCCGUGCCUGACUCGGAGCGUCUGAGCCAGAAGUGCCACGUGCUGAUGGUGGGCACCGACUUCCCGGAUGGCCUCACAGCCAAGCGCCCGGAGGAGCCAAAGGAGCUGCCGGAGCCGCUGGAGCCGCUGCCCGAGCCGCCGGAGCUCACGUCCGAGCCCUGGGAGCCGCUUUGCGGGGAGGAUGUUUACUUCCACCGCGAGCGACUCUGCCUUACAAAGGAGGGCCGUCGUGUGGAGCUCUUGACUGUGAGCGCCGGCGGCAGCCCGCCGGGAUCACUGGAGACGCCGCCCGCAGCCUUCCUCACCGCUUCCGUGGCGGUGGACGGGGACUCCCCGGCGGCGGUCUUCGCGGAUCGCCCGGUGGCGUUUAUCUCGGCGCGGGUGCAUCCGGGGGAGACCCCAGGCCAGUUUGCCUUCUUGGGGAUGCUUCGUUUUCUCCUCAGCGACGACGCUCGAGCGGCGUUGCUGCGCCAGCAGUUUGUUUUUAAGCUGGUGCCCAUGCUGAACCCGGACGGCGUGGCCAGGGGCCACACGCGGGCCAAUGUCUGCGGACUGGAUCUCAAUCGAUGCUACAGCGAUGCCAAUCCCACGGAGCACGAAGGUGUGUUCUGGGCCUUGGAGUGGCUGAAGCAUUGGGCAGAGCAAGGCCGCUUGUUGGUCUACCUGGACAUGCACGCGCAUGCGCAUACCCGUGGCUGCGUGCUUUAUGGCAAUCGCCUGCAGGGCAUGUCCCAGGUUUGGAACGUAGCCUUUGCGCGGCUUUGCGCGGUGAACGGGCCCCACUUCGACUUCGAAGGCUGCGAGUUCCCGCCAACCUCAGAUAAGGAGCACGGCAACGAGGAGUCGUGUGGUCGGGCGUCUGUGGCGGCGCUGUGUGGGCUGAGUCAUGCCUACACGCUGGAGUGCCACUACAGCGUCGGCCGGCAGGCACGGCCUGUGGAGGAGGUGCCACUACAGCGACCGCACCCAGGGAUGCUGGUGCCGUUUCUGUGUCAGGUGCCAUAUGGCGUGUACGAGUGGGAGAGCAUUGGUGAGGUGCUGGCAGUGUCCAUCCUGGACCUACACGGCAGCAAUCCCUUCAGCCGGCCCUCUGCGCAGCUGGCGCCUGUCCUCGGCGAGGUGCUCAACCGCCUGUCGCCGGGCAAGAAGCAGGAGGAGAUGAUGGCGGCGAAUCCCCGGCAGGCUUUGAAACCUGCAAACUGGGACGAGGAGUACCAAGAUGUGCAGCUCUGGCGGGUUCUUCACUGUGUGGUGGUGGCUCGGGAGCGCCCCGACCUGGAGGGCCAGGUCUUAGAGGUCUUCUGCAGAGGUCAGCUUUUGGCCGCCGAGGAGGUCCCCGGCUCCUUGUGGGUGCGGCUGUGCACUCCCGGGGGGUUGCUGGGCGGCAAGUUGAACACGGACCUGAGCCUGGUCAACAAACCUGCCGCAUACAUGCUCACCGAUGGAACAGCAAAGGGGUUGGGUCAGCUGCUGCAGAAGACCGACCUGUGGAUUCGCCUCAAGCAGAAGGCCGAUGCUGGCCUCAUCAGGCCCGGGAGCUUGGCCUUCGGGCAUGGCCUUAAAGCGGGAGGAAUUCAGGAAAUCACCCUGCAUGUGCAAGACUGCCCGAAGAAGGCCAAAGUACCAGCAGAGAAGCAAACUCAGGACUGGUCGCUGAUCCUUGAGAUCGACACUUCAGAGCACCACAGCCGCACCAUGCGGUCCCUGGCUUGGAAUGUGGACGGCACCAAGCUGGCAGUGGCCUCCUUCGAUGCCACCAUCUCCGUGUGGAAGGUGGUACCAGGAUCCGAGACACCAGGCUGCUUGAGCAUGGAGUGUGCCACCGUGCUCAGCGGCCACGAGAACGAGGUGAAGUCGGUGGCCUAUAGCCCCUCGGGUCAACUCUUUGCAUCCUGCAGCCGCGACCGCUCUGUCUGGGUCUACGACGCCCAAGAGACGGACGAAUACGAGUGUGUUGCGCUUUUGCAGUCUCAUACUCAGGACGUGAAGGCAGUGCGGUGGCACCCGCAGCAGGAUGUGCUCUUCUCCUGCUCCUAUGAUGACACCAUCAAGGUUUGGGGCCCAGAUGGAGACGACUGGUGCUGCAAGGAGACUCUCGAGGGCCACGGCAGCACGGUCUGGGCUCUGUGCUUUGAUGAGAAGGGCUCCCACUUUGUGAGCUGCUCGGACGACCGCAACCUGCGGCUCUGGGCACCAACCGCCGCCCUCCCAAAGGACUUCAGGCCCGUGGAGAAUGAGGGCAGUCCGAAGCUGCAGGCGAAAGGUGAUGCGAAGGCAAGUGCCGCGACGCUUUUCAGCGCUGCAAUGACGCUGCCGCUUUUCCGAGGAACCCUGGUGCCCACUGCAAGACCUGUGCCCAACGGCAAGGACGUAGAGGCGUGA